AAUAACCCAACUAAGAAAAUCAGCAUUAUUAGCAACAUAGAAAAUAUCAGUUUAUUUCUUCUUCCUUCCAUUCCGUUAGUUAGUUAGUUUUUCCAAGAUGCCUAGAGAAGGUGAUGAAGAGAACGGGGCAGUAGUUUUACUCCCUCCGACGAGUUCUUCCAACACCACCACAAGACGAGUCGGACGAAGAACAGAUCCUUUCCUCAUAGUCUGUAGAUGUUUCAGUUUAAUCACAUCUUUAGCUGCAAUUCUCUGUAUCGCCGUCAAUGUCCUAUCCGCCGUUCGCUCUUUCCGAAAUCAAACCACCAUUUUCGAUGGAAUAUUUCGUUGUUACGCUGUUGUGAUUGCGGUUUUUGUGGUAUUGGCUGAAACUGAAUGGAGCUUCAUUAUUAAGUUCUGGCAGGUUUUGGAGUAUUGGGCAGCGAGGGGUAUGCUACAGAUAUUCGUGGCAGUGAUGACCAGGGCUUUCCCUGACUAUAGUGGGAAUCGACAAGAUCUUGUUCUUCUUCAAAACAUUGCCUGCUAUUUGCUUCUUUCUUGUGGCGUAGUUUACAUUUUCUCGGGAAUCCUUUGCUUCGGAUUUCUAAAACGUCAUCUACAGAAGAAGGAGAUCACUAGAGAGCAAGCAGCCAAGGAUCUUCAGGAGUUGGAACGACGUAGAGAAGAACUUGAGCAGCUGCUUGUGACAGAACAUGUUUAAAGCUUUUGAAAGUAGGGUUGUAAUUGUCUAAUUACAUAGUAAAGGGCAUAAGAGAGCACUAAAACUUACUUAUGAAUGUCUUUAUGUUAGUUUUGGUUCUAUAUUGUUUGUUUUUAUAUGAAACGAUUGAAUUACAUCCAUUAAAGUGCACAAAUAUUUUGUGUAAAUAUGUAAAGCUAAUAUUUGAAAUGUGUUUCUUUCAAAUUUAGAUUAAUGUGAAAAUCUCCAUUGCCUA